AUGUCGUAUAACGAAGCCGAAACACAAAUAACGGGUGGAACGUUUUUUCCGCUUUUUAAAGUUAUCCACGAUAAAUUAAAAUUUAGUUAUUUUGUAGUGCAUCCGAUUCUUGAUCAUUUAGGAUAUAUAAAUCAAAAUGGUACAUGGAUCGGAAUUACAGGACAAGUUGCAAAUUACGAAGCAGAUGUGUCUUUCGUACCAUUAGCUAUAAGUUACGAUCGCUUUUCUGCGAUGCAGUUUACGCCUGCAUUUACAUUUCAACCAGUAAUUUUUGUCAUAAAAGCUCCAGAUAAACUUUCUGAUUGGAAUUCCAUAACGAAGCCUUUUACGUUAGAAAUAUGGAUUGCUGUAUUUUCAACUACAUUUAUAUUUGGACUGUUCCUGCAUUCAAUUCUUCAAAUAGACUUUAUCGGUGAAGACUGUUGGACACGUCGUCAGAUCUUUUGGAACUUAUUUUGCACAUUAUUGGGUCAAGGAUUUAGCAUAAAAAAGUUAAAAGGUCUAUCAUCCAGAAUAAUGAUAGGAAUUUGGUGGUUAUCGAUUGUUGUCUUGAUAUCUGGUUACAGCGGAGCGUUAAUGUCUUUUAUGACGUGUCCUUUAACUGAGUCUUAUCCAAGAGAUUUUGAAGAACUCGCUAUCUUCGUUCGCAAUGGUGAGUAUUCAUGCGGAACCUAUGAUGGAAUUGCUUCCUGGAAAUAUAUGUUAGAAUCAAAGUCAGAAAAUAUCAAAGUUUUAAAAAAAAACAUUUUGUCCAAUAAUAACUUGAUGACUGUUCCACAAGCGAUAAAGAAAUUGCAGAAUGGACGAUUUGCAUACAUAUCGUCUCAAUAUCAGAUAAAUCAGCAAAUCAAUAAAUUAGAAAAGAAUAAAUAUAUAAUGUCUACAGAUUCUCUAUAUACUUUCAUCGCUGCUUAUCCAAUCCGAAGAAAUUUUCCCUUUAAGAAGGACAUAAGAAAAACAGUAAGUCGCUUGUUCGAAGCAGGAAUUGUUGAGAAAUUGUUACCGAUAGAACAUGAAGAUUUUCAUGAAGAAUCUGAAUUUCAACCGUUAUCAGUCGAAGAUAUUAAAAGUCCUCUGUUAUUUAUGGGUGGGGUUGAACUGUACCUAGGUAACCCCAAUGACAGCACUUCAGACUGUUCUUUCUACCAACGUACUCCUUCCGAAGAAGAGUCGCUGGCAGAUCGCCCAUUGUUUCACGUCACUAGUUAUUGA